CCUCUCAGUGACCUUUUAUCACUUCCGUAUUGACAAUAACAAUGCUGAGGAGGUUUUUCACGCGUAGCCUGAAUAAAUCCAACGUAAAAUUUAACAAAUCGUCAAGGAAUCUCGGCAGGAAUAUGGCAGAAACGAGUAUGUACCCACCCAUCGAGCCGUAUGACACCGGCAGGCUGAAAGUUGACGAUAUACACGAGCUGUAUUACGAACAAAGCGGCAAACCAGACGGCAAUCCAAUCUUGUUCGUUCAUGGUGGUCCAGGGGGCGGUAGCAGCCCUGCCGAUCGUUGUUACUUUGACCCUCAAUUCUACCGGAUCGUGAUCUUUGAUCAGCGUGGGUCAGGCAAGUCAACACCGGCUGCAGAACUUCGGAAUAACACCUCAUGGCAUCUUGUGAAAGACAUAGAAACAGUGAGAGAGCACCUGAAGAUCGACCAAUGGGUGAUAUUUGGGGGCAGCUGGGGGGCAACACUGAGCCUCUUGUAUGCAGAGAUUUACACAAAGAGGGUCAAAGCAAUGGUGCUGAGGGGUGUCUUUACAUUUCAACCGAAAGAAAUCAAAUGGCUGUACCAAGAAGGAGCAAGUUAUUUUUACCCAGAUCAUUGGGACAGCUACAUCUCUGUCAUCCCUGAGGAGGAGAGAGGCGACCUUGUCACCGCUUACCACAAGAGGCUGACUGGUGAUGAUGAAGACGUCAAGAUGACGUGUGCCAGGGCUUGGAGUCUAUGGGAAUGCUCUGUCUCCAAACUGGUUCCCGACAAAGAAGCAGCCAUCAAAGUGACCAACGAUCUCUGGGUGACUCAGUUUGCUAGGAUUGAGAGCCACUACAUGAUCAACAGGGGAUUCUUAGAGUCGGACAGGUACAUCUUAGAUAACGCCAUCAAGCUUAAAGACAUUCCUUGCAGCAUAGUUCAAGGACGUUAUGAUAUUGUAUGCCCACCUGAAUCUGCCUUCAAACUACAUCAGAUACUUCCCAAAUCAGAGCUUCAUUUCCUUAUAGCUGGCCACUUCUCUAAGGAACCUCUGAUCCAAGAGAGUCUGGUGAAAUCCACAGACAAGUACAAAACUCUGUAGAGAAAAUCUAUGUGAGUAUAACAUGCUGAUCAGCUUAACAUCGCUCUGUUUCAGGAUUGAUUAUUGAAAUGUGCAAACUGAAAUUCCUUUGACGUGAUAUUUUCAUGAGGCUUACAUUACGUUUUUGAAGGUGUUGGGUUUCUAAGAUACCCUCGGGUAAAUCUAGUGUAUGGAUCAGAAUGCCUGCACAGAGAGCUCUCAGAUCAUUUAGUGACAAUAAAAGUACAAUUAGGGGACUAUUCAUGCGUAUCACAGAGAAACAAUGAAAUGUCCUGCGAGUACUGUCGCUAUUAAGUUCGUUAGAAAACUGAACUCAAUAAGACUGCUGUCGUUUAACACUGCUCCAUUCACAACACCAGGGCCCAAUUUCACGGCGCUGCUCAGCACACAAGUUUUUGCUAACAGAGCCAUCCGUCUAUUUCAUGGAGACCGUAAGCAUAAGCACAGCAAAAGGCACGCUUACUUCAGAGGAAAUAUUUGCUUAACUUAGUGACGUAACAAGAGAAAUCUCCAUGCACACGCGACUGUUAACACAUCCUCGCUGUGAAAUACUGCUUAAGGUUAGCAAAUUUUUCUGCUAUGCUAAACAUAACUUUUCUGCUAAUCGUUAAGCUAGCUAGAAAUUGGGCCCAGCUGUUCAACACACCAACUACAUGAUAAAAAUAAAAAUUAUAAAAGAGCUCCCCAUCAAACAACUGAGGACGCUGUUCAAAAAUAGCAGAGAAAAAAUACACUGUUUAAAGCAACAGUGUUAUUUUUUUGGAAAACAGUAGUCUUUUGUAACAUUCACGAAGAGCACUGCUGUCAUUUUCUCAGGUUUUGAUACAACUGUGAAUAUAAUUUUAAGAAUAUCAAUUCCAAUGGUUAUAAUUGAUUUGAAGUUUAAAGCUAUAGUCCAUCAUUUGCAGCCAUCCGAAAAGUAACUGGCGUAAUUAUUGUUGAAAAACAAACUUGGUUGAAAGAUAGUAAGGGAACUAAACUCCCUGUGAAAUUAUUCUUUCU